GCACAACUUGGGGAGCCGCUGCCCGCGGUACCGCCGCCGCCAGCUUCCGCCGCCGCCGGACCGGCCCCUGCCCAGCCUCCGCGGCGCGCCGGGGCCCACGCCGGGGCCCACGCCGGUCCUCCGCCGCGAGCCGGGGGGACCCCCCGCCUGCGCUCUCCCCACUGUGCCCCGCAUGUGACCCGGCCGGCCCCCCGCGAGCGUGUCCCCCCCACCGUGUACCUCCAGGGCACCACCCCCCCCCCCCGCCAGGGCUGCGCCCCACCCGCCGCCCCCAAACAACCCCAGCUCUCUCUCCAAGCCCCCGCUCGUCCGGGAUGGCCGCGGCCAAGGCCGAGAUGCAGCUGAUGUCCCCGCUGCAGAUCUCCGACCCGUUCGGCUCCUUUCCUCAUUCACCCACCAUGGACAACUACCCCAAGCUGGAGGAGAUGAUGCUGCUGAGCAACGGGGCUCCCCAGUUCCUCGGGGCCGCCGGGGCCCCGGAGGGCAGCGCUGCGAACAGCGGCGGCGGCAGCACCGGCGGCGGGGGCGGCGGAGGUGGAGGCGGCGGCAGCAGCAGCGGCGGCGGCGGCGGCGGCGGCAGCGCCUUCAACCCCCAGGGGGAGCCGGGGGAGCAGCCCUACGAGCACCUGACCGCAGAGUCGUUUCCUGACAUUUCUCUGAAUAGCGAGAAGGUGAUGGUGGAGACGAGUUACCCCAGCCAAACCACUCGGUUACCUCCUAUCACCUACACCGGCCGCUUCUCUUUGGAGCCUGCGCCCAACAGUGGCAACACCUUAUGGCCCGAGCCCCUCUUCAGCCUCGUCAGUGGCCUGGUGAGCAUGACCAACCCGCCCACCUCCUCGUCCUCGGCACCGUCUCCAGUGGCCUCCUCCUCCUCGUCGGCCUCCCAGAGCCCACCCCUGAGCUGCGCAGUGCCAUCCAACGACAGCAGCCCCAUCUACUCGGCGGCGCCCACCUUCCCCACGCCCAACACUGACAUUUUCCCGGAGCCGCCAGGCCAGGCCUUUCCAGGCCCGACAGGCGCCGCCGCGCUCCAGUACCCGCCUCCUGCCUACCCUGCAGCCAAGGGCGGCUUCCAGGUGCCCAUGAUCCCGGACUACCUGUUUCCACAGCAGCAGGGAGACCUGGGCCUGGGCACCCCAGAUCAGAAGCCCUUCCAGGGCCUGGAGAGCCGCACCCAGCAGCCUUCCCUGACUCCACUCUCCACGAUCAAGGCCUUUGCCACGCAGUCUGGCUCUCAGGACCUAAAGACUCUCAACACGACCUACCAGUCCCAGCUCAUCAAACCCAGCCGCAUGCGCAAGUACCCCAACCGGCCCAGCAAGACCCCCCCCCACGAGCGCCCCUACGCCUGCCCGGUGGAGUCCUGCGACCGGCGCUUCUCCCGCUCUGACGAGCUCACCCGCCACAUCCGCAUCCACACGGGCCAGAAGCCCUUCCAGUGUCGCAUCUGCAUGCGCAACUUCAGCCGCAGCGACCACCUCACCACCCACAUCCGCACGCACACCGGCGAGAAGCCCUUCGCCUGCGACAUCUGCGGGAGGAAGUUCGCCCGCAGCGACGAGCGCAAGAGGCACACCAAGAUCCACUUGCGGCAGAAGGACAAGAAAGCAGACAAAAGCGUGGUGGCCUCCACGGCCGCCUCCUCCCUCUCUUCUUACCCGUCCCCCGUGGCUACCUCUUACCCGUCCCCCGUGGCUACCUCUUACCCGUCCCCCGUGACUUCAUACCCGUCCCCCGUGCCCACCUCCUACUCCUCCCCCAGCUCGUCUACCUACCCGUCCCCUGUGCACAGUGGCUUCGCGUCCCCCUCCGUGGCCACCACCUACGCCUCCGUCCCUCCCGCUUUCCCCGCCCAGGUCAGCAGCUUCCCAGCGGCCGUCACCAACUCCUUCAGCGCCUCCACGGGCCUUUCGGACAUGACGGCCACCUUUUCUCCUAGGACAAUUGAAAUCUGCUGAAGGGAAACAGAGAGACACACCAAGGACAGGAGAUGACCCAAGAGGGGCGGGCCUCUUAGGUCGAUGGCGGUUCUCCGCGCCCAGUCCUUCCUCUCUAGUUGGAGUGGAAGGUCUGUUGGCCAACAAUCCUUUGUCCACUUCCCCUUCCCCCCAGAUUCCUUUGACUUCAGCUGCCUGAAACAACCAUGUCCAAGUUCUUCACCUCUAUCCAAAGAACUUGAUUUGCAUGGAUAUUGGAUAAAUCAUUUCAGUAUCAUCUCCAUCAUAUGCCUGACCCCUUGCUCCCUUCAAUGCUAGAAAAACAAGUUGGCAAAUGGGGUUGGGGCCCUCGGAGACUCACCCCUGUAUCCUUGUACAGUGCCUGUGCCAUGGAUUUUGUUUCUCUUGGGGUACUCUUGAUGUGAAGAUAAUUCGUAUUCUCUAUUGUAUUAUUUGGAAUUAGGUCCUCACUUUCAGGGGGGGAAA